AUCACAACACAUUGUGGCAGACACAGGCACAGCAUAAGAGAUUACAAAUAAAAUUUGUACAAGAAGUUGUUUUAAAUAAUUAAAGAAAAUAAUUUUAAAUUUUGUUAAAUUUAUAACUUAAAAAAAACAACAAUAUGUAUAAAUUGUACCUCUUAGUACUAGCUGUGCUCUGCAGUAGCCAAUCUUCCUUGGCUGGCUUCUUGGGUGGCUAUGGCGGUUACGGUGGUUACGGAGGUCAUGGCCUUAGCUAUGGUUAUGGCGGUGGUCAUGGCAUCGGCUACGGCUAUGGUGGUCAUGGUGGUGGUUAUGGUGGCGCUGUAAUAGCUGCUGCUCCCGUUGCUGUAGCUGCUCCUGUAGUAACCAAAGUAGCCGUAUCCCAGCCCAUCAUAACAAAAACCAUUACUCCUGUUAUUACGAAGACCAUUAGUGCCGCACCCAUUACUGUGACUAAAGUAGCAGCUCCUGUAGUUGCAGCACCCGUUGUGGCUGCACCCGCCUACAUAGGCGGAGGUUAUGGCGGUUAUGGUCAUGGUUAUGGCGGCGGCUAUGGUCAUGGCAUUGCCAUUGGUGGACUCUAUGGCGGUCAUGGUUAUGGUGGUGGCCAUGGUUGGUAAGCAGGAUAUUUGCAAUAGCAAUUAGAGAGUUAUGUUUCUAUUGGAAGAGUUAUGGAAAUAAUUGAAAGAAACAUAAAAUCUUGCAUUUAAUCAGAUAUCACAUUAUAUAUCUUAAUUUUUCUUUAAACAUUUGUAUAUCAAUCAUCUUUCCAUCGUUUGUAUUGCAUUAAAAAAAAACACAAAUAAUUAUUUUAAACCUGCCAAAUAAACAGUCAUAUUCAUUAUUAUUUAAGCUAAACAUGCUCAUUAUAAAAUACAUAUAUUUAAUAAAUAUUAUUAAUAAUACUAACCAUCUUGUAUAUAUAUAUUUUUUAUAUCAUAUUCAAUCCAUAUGUACCUUAUUUAAUCAUUUAAAAAGUAUAUUGUCCAAAAUGUUUAUGACUAAAUAAUUUUAUAAAUUAUCGAAUUUAAACCAACCAAUAAAGCACAAUUAGCACCAAAAAUGUGUGCUCC